AUGACUUCCAAAGGGCAGGAAGAACCCGUUCCCUCCUCUGAGAGUAGAGAAGAGGUACAGCCACAGAGUGUGAUCUCGAGAGUGACCAACCUGCCUUUGGUGAGCUCUACCUAUGACAUGGCCGUCUCUGCAUAUGCCUCGACCAAAGAGAACUACCCCUCUGUCAAAGCAGUCCUGGAUUUGGCUGAGAAAGGAAUGAAGCAAAUCUCUGAUGUGGCUGCUACUAGAGCUCAGCCUCUUUUGAUGAAUUUUGAACCUCAGGUUUCAGCGGCAGGUCAAUACGCUUCAAUGGGCCUGGACAAGUUGGAGGAGAAGCUGCCAAUUCUUCAUCAGACAGCCAACCAGGUUAUUGCUGAUACUCAAGAAGUGGUGUUGUCGAAAGUAGCUGGUGCCAAAGAAGCUGUAACCAAGGCUGUCCAGAGUGGUAAGGAAAUGGUGUUAGAAACAAGAAUGGGCAAGAUGGCCUUGAGUGGAGCAGAAGUGAUGCUGGAAAAGUCGGAAGAGUUGCUGGACCACUUUCUCCCAAUGAUGAGUGAAGAGCUAGCUGAGCUUGCAGAUUCUGCACCAGUAGGGAUGGACACAGCUUCUGAGAAUCAGGGCUACUUUGUGCGUCUUGGCUCCCUGUCAAGUAAGCUCCGUCACCGUGCCUACCAGCAUGCUGUAGUUAAGGUGAAGAUGGCUAGGGAUAACAUCAAAGACGCUUUCUCUCGGCUGCAUCAGUAUAUUGGGCAGAUAGAGCGUACAAAGGAAGAUGUUCUCCAGGAAGGCCAGAAGAACCUGUCUCAGGUAGAAACUCAAAUCUUGGACACGUCUUCCCGUAUUGCCCAACAGCUGAAGAGGACAUUCAAGAACCUUAUUGCCAACAUCGAAGGCCUGCCUAGCAACCUUCAACAUAACAUGCAGCAGGCAUAUUUCAAUAUGGAGGAGCUCCAUGUGUCUUUUGCCAGUGCUCAGUGUUUCCAUGACCUCUCAAGCAGCAUUCUAAGUCAAAGCCAAGAGAAUGCUCUCAAGGCCCAGGAUUAUGUGGAGGAUGUUCUGGAAUACGUGGUCAAUAACACUCCAUUGUCUUGGCUUGUAGGUCCACUUGCUCCUGGACUCAACCAAUCAGGAGAUGUUGCCAAGCCCACAAGAUCCAAUGAUGGGCAAGAAAAGGCUCUAAAAGCAUCUGAGCGAAAGGAGAAUCUGUGA